AAAAAUCACCCAGAAAAUUAAAUUUUUAAGUUUAGCAAAAAGUAUUUAUAAAUGUCCUUUUGAAAAAUGUAUAAGGGACUGACGCAGAUUUCGUUGCCAAAGCCAUGAUUCUUAUUUUAUUUCUCUCGAAUGGAGCUUGAAAAUAAAAAAAAUGUCAAUUUAUAGUCCGUACGAGUUUUGUUUCGCUAUAAAUUUAAAGUAUUUAUCGCGCGAGCUCGGAGUUUAUAAUUUGUUUACGCCUUGCGACAUCGAUACGAAAUUGUUACUUUUUAACAGUAAAAUUUUGCAAUGAUAAAAAUAAGUCGCGAAAAGUGUAUGUGAUGAAAAUUACUGUUUCAUUGGAGUAAAAAAUUAAUUAAAAUUAAUUUCUCAUUCGUAUUACAGUAACGAUCGUCAUUCGCUUCUUCGCCCUCGUAGUGACAUAACCUCAAUAUCCAAUACCCAAUCUCACGCUUGAAAAAACACACACACAAGUGUAUCACCCACAUAUUGAGGUUCGUUCGCGUUGCACCUCGACCUCGCGUCCACACAAUGCUAGACCUUGGCCCAGAAGAACCACCGAAAAUAGCAAGAUGCCGGCUCGUGAAACGCGAAGAUUUCACCGGCAUCCGCCGGCUCGUCCGCUGUCGCACGCUUGACACUUUUCCCGACGCCGAGCGCUUCGGAGCCAUUUACGAAAAAGCCGUGCUCUGCUUACUACAAGAAAACGAAGCAAACGAGAUCGCCUCGGCGAUGUUUCUGUGCAACCAUCCGAGCGUCCCGGCGCUUUCCCGAGGAGAUUGGCUGACCUGGUUACACGGGCUCUACGCGCUGAAAAAGUCAACGGAGAUGAACACGUUGUUCGUGCACUUCCUCGUUUGGGACGAUCGUUACGGGGACUGUUUCCUGGGAGAGCUGUUGAAGGCAACUUUCUACACGGCCGCGCUCUGCAAUUACGUCAUUGUGGUGCAGCCACCGGGAACGACACCAGCCUUUCGGAUUCCCAAAGAAAUGACGAGACUAGCGCCGAUUAACGAGACCCAGGAUGUCGAUGCUCAGGUGCUCUACGUCGGCGACGAGAGCCAAUUCCUCCCCGAAAUAAAGUACCGUCUGGCCGUCGAAGAAGACAACGACGACAUUAUCCAAAUGCUGGACGCCGAGUCGAGCGCGCUUCGGUCUCGCUACGGCGACUAUUACGUGAGCGAGUUGGCCCGCCACCCGGUCGACUCGCGGCGACUCUGCAUCUCGGAAAACCGAGAGAACGCGAUAACCGGUGUCCUGGGCCUCAACAGCUGCCUCGAUCUCGAUUUACUGAACGACAAGUUCGAGCUCGGCGCCUUUGCCGGGCUCUGGAAAACCAUCGAGCCACCCGAGAUUGGGGCCGAAGACGACUGCGAAGAGGCCGAGUGCUUCGAGUACCCGUGGGAUGAUUCAGCAAAUCGGAGCGACUUACUAAAACUUAUUCUGAAAGACGCGAGGGACAAAGAUCGGAGGCAAGAGAACAACGCCUUUGCCGUGGAGCUCCUGAGUUUCUCCAGCUCGUUCGAGGAGCUUCGUUCCCGGGGCCUCCUGGGCGCUGGCUUCGGCUGCUUCCCCAACCUCGACUACUGCGUCAUCCUCGUGCCGACCGAUCGGCCCUACUUUCCGUUCCUCGACGAGUUCACGAGAGUGCCCCUCAAGGCCGAUCGAGAUUUCCCCAUGGCGCUGUACGUGACUCACCGGAUGGUGGUGCGCGGCUGCUUCGGUGCGCGUCUGGCCCACCCGAUGGAUUACCUCGAGGUGUCGAGGCUCCUUGACGGCGUGGCCGAUCACUCGUCGGACUGGCGAUCGUCUGGUGCGUUUUUACCUGGCGUUGCGUAUACAUGGAACGCUCCCUCGAUACCGAUCUCCACUUCCCGUGGCACAAGCAGCAGUAGCAGCGAGGCGGAAGUUGCCGUGCUCCGGCGGCGCUAUCGCGUGGAGGAUCUGGCGCCAAGAGCAGCAGGACAGCAAUCGGCCGGUCGGCUGGUGCGGUUACAUCUACUACCGGUCUUUGGCGCGCGGCUUGGCUUCUUUAUCUCGGAGAUCGCCAGGCUCGCCGAUCGCCCCCUCAUGUUCCACAGAUCGAAGCCCCUGGAUGACGCCGAGGUGCACUUGCGCGCCGAUCUGUCGAGGUUUAUGCAACCGGUCGAGCCGAGGAUCCGCAAUUGGCCCCAAUUCCAGCGUCUCCGAGCCGAGAAGAGCGAUGACGAGGAGCUGUCGGCGCUGUACGUCUUUACGCCGAGAUUGACGCUGAUCGGCAAGGAGAUCGUCAACGCGAAGAUCGUCGUGGUCGGGGCCUCGGACUGUGGGCUCGCCUUUGUCGACGCAUUAACUACGGGAUUCAAGUACAGAGAGCUCCGAUUCGCCGAUGUAACACUGGUGUCGACCAACGGGCGCACGAGCGAUCCGUGGAGCGAAAAAUUCACGCCCUUCCGGGGACGAUACUGUUGCGCCUAUCGAAGCCUCACCCCCGCCAAUUACAACGUGGUCAGAGGCACCGUCGUCGCGAUCGACAGGAAGGAGAGGUGCGUACGGGUGAAAAACUCGGGGAUCCUCACGUACGAUUACCUCGUACUUGCGUGCGGCACGCCGUUCCGGAGGCCCGAGUUCAACAGCCGGCAAGAGGACGAGUCGAUCAAAUCGGGUUUCCAGACGCCGCCGAAUUGCUUCACGAUCAACGACGAUUUCGAGGCGAAAGCGUGCUUGGAGGAGAUAAAGCUCAUCACGAAGGAUUUCACGGUGGAAAUAUCGGUAGUCUUUCACGGCCGCGGUUUGGAGUGCUACUGCGCUAUGGCCGGUUUCCUCGAGCUGGGCCUCGAGCCCGGAUGGCUCACGUUGAUCGAGCCGGUCCGCCACGAUGACGUUUACGGCGAUCGGCCGGCCUUCGAGGACGAUCCCGAAAUCAAGGAGACAAUGCGGGAGGUGCUGGAGAUGAUGGGCGUGAGGAUUAUGGCGAAUUGCGAGCUGGUUGACGCGAUGGUCGAGGAAGGCUCGGAGCUGGUGAAAUACCUACGAGUCGAGAGCGACGGGGAGGGCGAGUCGAGCGAGCACGUGGACUGCGACGCGCUCAUCAGCUUUCAUGCGAGGGGGCCUUCCUUCGAGACGUGCUCUGCUAUCGAGGAGGCCGGUCUCGUGAUGUUCGACGGCCGCCUCGUAAUCGACGGGGAAUUCAGAACGAACGACAGUCGCGUCUUCGCCGCCGGCACGAUGACCAAGUACUCGAGCAAAUUGACGAGAACCGACAUAUGCCGCGAACUCGGGCACCUCCACAACAGCGUGGAAGUCGGCGAGAAGUUGGCCGAUACUUUCGUCAAGAUGGUAAUGAGCCGCAAUGAGGAUGGUAAAAGUGCCGAAGACGACGGCUGGACGAGUCUGGAGCCGAGAGUGCCCGGUUGCCUGUACCGAAAGCCCGUGUUGGCAAGUUGCGUGCUUCCAGGCGGCUACCGGUACCUCAGAGUGGAAAAGCCCGGAAAACCCGAGCCGUGCGCGGAACGUGGCGUGUUUACCUCGGGAUCUUGCGCAGCCGAUACCGGAUACUUUCGACUUUGUUUGAGCGAGUACCGAAGCUUCGAGGGCAUUACUUGCUUCCGUAAAACGGACUUUGAUAUUCAGACCAUCGCGGCGAUGUACGGCAAACACGAGGCGGUAAUGGGCGGUUUCUUGCACUUGGAAAAUAACAAUCUGUUCGAGUUCUUCGACCAAAGCUGGACCGCUGCUCUGUUCAACGACUACUUUGACGAUUUCCGGAAAAAGUGCCAAUUCACCAUCGCCAAAAAAAUACUCAGCACCGUACUAAUCAAUUUUCAUAACUACUUCUUUACAUUUCAUCGAACGAAAUACUACAAACUAGAACGAAAAAAAAAAAAAAAAAACACAUGCACACCGCGAUCGCAGAGCUCGCUCGACAAACUGAAGCGCGUCCUGUCGGAGUGGCGGAAGAAGGACGAGCAGCCACAGGAGACGGAGGACAUGCUGGCGGAGUUCGUCGAGAGCCACGAGAGCGAGCUGCCGAUGUACUUGACGCCGGGGAGGAAGAGCCAACUUCUCCGUGAAAUCGAGGCGAUGACGAUUCACCGGUUGGACAAGGACUCCAGUGGCUGCGAGUCGGCGACGUCGUUGGAGGAAGAUACGCGAUCGGACGUCCUUAAAUUCGACGUCUUUUGCUUGCAGGACUAAUACCUCGUGCCCGGGUUUUCAUUUGUCAAUUCAUGGGAUGUUCACUACUCCGUUAAAUAUUUGUGAUUUUUAAUAUUUGCUUGCGAAAAUAUAUACUCGUAGGUAUAAAAUGUAAUGCAACUUCCAAUUCAAUACAAGUCUUUGCAAUUUCACGUCAAAAGUAGUUUUGAAAAGUUUUGUUUUCAUACGAUUUUUUUUUAAUAUGAAUCAAAUAAUUAUUAAUCGUGAGUGUGUGAAACGAGUAAUUAUUCGUUUCGAGUGGCCAAAAUCCCGAAGUUUGAAAAAGAAUUUUUUUUUAAUUUUACGACAGCAAAAUAUCGUCCUUUUCGCGAUAUCUGCAUUAUUUCAGGAGGUAUGGCGAUUUUUAUUUAUGAAUAUCAUUAUUAGUCCAGAAAUAUGAAACUUGGAGCACAGCCACGACUUUUUUCGGGCUUUGUGUGGUAUAAUAAACUAAACUAUAUAAAACAUAAGAGCAAUGGGAAGGAGUAUCCAAUAUUUUCGAGUGGCUACAGUUUAAAAUAUAUAUUUUUAUGUCCAUUUUCAUUAUCACGGAAUAUCAUCCUCUUCGCAAUAUCUGAGAUGUAAAGCGAUUGUUUUUUAUAAUUACCGCAACAUCCUACUUUUCGCGGUAGGAGGCGAAUCGCCAUUUUCCCGAGCGACCGCAGCAUCCUCCACAGCGCAUAUACCUGUACUUGCGGAAAACCCAAACAGAGAGAGAGGGAGAGAAC